AUAAAUACCUAGCAUUACUCACAGCAUCCCCAGUCGCUCGUGCAUCCCCACUCCCACGCAAGCUGAAUCCUUAUUUUCACUACCCACGCCGUCAGAUCAGAGCAGCGUAGUCGGCAUUGUUGCGCCUUUAGCUCCCUCACGGUACCGUCAGUCAACACCUCUUCCACACGAUCGUCGUGCUCGUUGAGAUUCUGAAGGAAUAGUCAAGCAAGCUAAAAUGAGUAUGAGGGAGGCUAUGGAGCGGUCUCUUAAUGGUAGCAAGAUCAUACUGAGGUUCAAUGAGGAACUGCAAGCAGUCGGAGAUGGAGCUGGCCUGUUGAGUGGCAUUCUAGGAGCGCUGAGUUCUGAUUACAGCAAAUUUCCUAUAUGUGAAAAGAGUUGGGCAAAAGUGCGGGGCAAAGAUAGGGUUUAUGAUGAUUGCAUAAAGGAGAUGUUCCACUUUCAGGAUAACAGUGGUAGAAUCAAGAAAACACUUUUGAAACAAAUGGGGAGGUCGUGGAAGGACACAAGGGGGAGGCUGUAUGACUCGCAUUACAAACCAACAAGGACACUUGAGCAGAAUCUUGAGAAUCGCCCGAAGGGAAUUCCUAGAGAGCAUUGGAGGUGGUUCAUUGACUAUCGUAAUGAUCCUGCAACAAAGGCGAAAUACAAGCAAAAUGCGCUGAAUCGAAAGAAGCAACUUUACACGCACACUGGCGGUUCUAAAGGCUUGGCUAGGGCAAGGGAAGAAGAGUUAGAAAAGCAAGGGAGGAGAGUUGGUAGGGGAGAAGUAUGGAUCCUAAAGCACAAGAGACCUGAUGGAAGCUAUAUACAUGAAGAAGCUCGGAGAAUUGGUAAAAAAAUAUCUGAGAUUGAGCAGCUUGAUGAAUCUACAAGAAUAUUGUUAGAAAAUGAUUCUCUUGUCCAAGCUCUCGGUAAAGAGCACUCGGGUAGAGUGCGUGGGAUAGGACACGGGCCGACACCAAGUCAACUCUUCCGUCUGAGCUCGCAGCCGCCGGUGGAUAGAGCUCAAGUAGAAGAGGCCCAAAGGAUGCUGACUGAACUACAGGCGGAGGUGACAACUGAAAAAUUGAAGCCGAAAGCAAUGGAGGAUGAAUUAGCAGCAGAGAAAACGAAUAGACAGGCAAUAGAGAGUGUGCUGAGUUAUCUGGUCCAACAGCAAUGUGGGGAGCUGCCUCCGAACAUCGCUGCACAGAUGAAUUCUCUGGACGGACAUGGCGGAAAAUAGAAAUUAGAUUUUAUGUGAUACUUUGUUUUUUGCUAUAUGUUUAGUUUAUGUUAAGUAUGCAGCAUUAAUUAUUAGCCAGGUACUUUACCUUUUUGGAUGACUAUUGAAAUACUUUAUUGACAUUAUUAAAAUAGAUAUGUUAGUUUGCUUCGCAGUUAAAUAUUCAUGAGC